AUGUCUUCGCCACCGUCUGUUAUUAACAAUCACCUACAUCAUGGUACAACAUUAUCGUUGUCACCAUCCUGUUCAAGUUCGGACAUUUCUCAAGACGAACAUAUUUUAUUAAAUACUCAAUCUAGUCAAAAUGAUAAACAAAAUGCUAGUUAUCCAUCACAACGAUCAAGAAAUAAUUUUUCUUCUAAACGAACACGUGUUAAAAGACGUAUGAAUGAUUUUGUAUUAGAAAAUAAGUUAACAAAAUUAACUAAUGAAAAUGAAAUAUUACAUGCAAAAAUUAACAUGUUAACAAGAAAAUUCGGUCAUUUAACAAACGAUAAAGACAAAUCAUUAUUUGAAUAUGAUGAAUUAACAUCAACUCAGCAGCCAACUGUUUUAAAUAUUCUCGAUCAAUCAUCAACACAAAUAAAUCAUUCGGAUAGUAAUCUAUCAUUGACUACUACAAAAGAACAAUUAACCUUAGAAAAGUCUUCAAUGCCAAUUAAAUGGCGUUUUAAAAUGUUAAAUAUAAAAUCUGAUUUUUGA